CUCCCAUUUUGAGAUUAAUAAAACUUAUUUUAGCAAAUCUUCUGAAGUUAUUGUUGACUUUGCCAAGCACUAUGAACGACUGGGGACAUUACCGCAAGAGGACAAAAACAUAUUCUGGAAAGCGUAUAUCGAUGCACUUAAAUCGAAUAUCAAUCUAAACAGUAUUGUAUUAAAACAUAUUUCACAUACGUCGGAUAACGAUCAUGGGCAUAUAUUCACUAUGCUUGUACUUGCAAUUCAAAAUAUAGGCAGUAUUAAAUUCUUGGAUAUUAAUAUGAAAGGCUACCCCCUUGACAGCUUCCAAGACUUCCGAAAUCUUACGCAUCUAUGUUUAAAUGUGAAAAUGGACGCUCUGAAAUUGGCUGAAUACUGCAAGACAAACCCUAACUUGAUCAGUUUAAAAUUUAUGAAUAGCGAAAUAUGCGGAAAGUUGAGUGACAUUCUGCCAUAUUGUAAUAAUUUGCAAACACUUGCAUUUAUGGUCAAGAGUGACUUUGACAAUUCUGAAUACAUAUCGUUAGCUCAAUUGCCAAAAUUAUGUGAUUUACAUAUUGAAGGGGAACACAAACCUGGUUCUCUAAACACACUAAUCAAAGCAUUGGCAAGAAAAGAACCAAAAACUCUUUCCAAACUUGUGAUAGGUGAAGCGUCUAUUGAUUGUGCUGAGAUUGCAGAAGUCUUAAAAAUACAUUCCUUAGAGGAAUGCCAAUUCAGUGGAAUCGCAGGCAAUCACUCAAUAAUUUUUGCCCCAAACUCUGCACAAUUGACGUUGUGCUUUAAAACCGAUAUUGAUAUUAUCGACUUGGCUGAUCUCGUAAGUUUGGUCGAUUUCACUUCCUUACUUAUUGUUGGAACUCCCAGGAGCGGCACUUUAAAGACACUAUUUAAGACAAUUUGUUCACAAACAUCGCCGAAGUUAAAAGAGUUGAAAUUUACGACAUUUGAAAGUUUUAACAAAGAUGUGGAUGUUAAGAAAUCUAAUCAGUACCAUGAUACUGCAUUUUCAAACUCAUUCAACAAAUUUGCUUUCCUAAAUAAUGAAGAGGUAAUUGAGAUUAUAAAAAUUAAAUCACUAAGAGUUGCAGAGUUGCAAAUCGGAGAUGCGCAAACUAUUGAAGAUCCAUCACAAUUAUCAAAAAUUGAGGAAUUAUACAUAAGAAAGAGCGAAGGAGGAUCUCUGAAAAAUCUUUUCAAAGCAUUUGCAAUGCAAGAUUCUUCAAAGCUUACAAUAUUGACCAUCAGCGGAUUCCCUCUUGAUUCCGAAGAGAUUUUGGAAAUUGCACAAAUUAAAUCACUAACUCAAUUGGAAUGUGGAUUUUCGGAUUUGAAAAGCAUUAAUCUCUUGACACAACUGAGACAACUAGAAUUGCUUUGUAUAAGCUCUGAACAUCCGCUUACGGACAUUUCUGAAGCAGUUUUAAUGCUUUAUGUUGCUUUUAAUGGAGAUAUCAGUAUAUGUUCUGCCGAAAGCCGCGUAAAUAUGAAUAAACAUUUAAGAGCGCUAUUCUUAACAAUGUCGAACAAUAUAAAUUCUUCAGUAUUCGUACCACUGUCAAAUUUGCCCAAUUUGUCGAAUCUUAUCAUAUACGGAAGUCAUGGGAUCAACUCACUGAUGCCACUGCUUGAAGCAUUUGCCUCUAAACAAUCUACGGUUCUUCAAGAACUAUCUAUUGAAAUGGAUGCCAUAAGUUAUGAAGAAGCUUCGCAAAUUGCUAGAAUAAAAACCUUAAGGCAUUUAGACUGUGGAUUCUCUGAUCCCAAAAGCAUUAAGCUCUUGCGAUAUUUGCCCAAGCUUGAAUCAUUAAUAAUAAAUUCGAUGCAUGAUCUGCAUGAAAUUGGAGCCGGUGUUUUAAACGUUCUAACGGAAUGUGCAAAUGAAGUAACAGUUAUUCGAUUUGGAAGACAGAUCACUUUCAAUAAGAGCCUUGGAAAACUCAUCAUUUCGAACAUUUCUUACGACAAUGAAGUCUUCGACGCUGAGGAAUAUGCUUUGCUUGCUGAACUAUCAGACUUGAAUACUUUGCACAUAAUAGGAGAACACAAGAGUGGGUCGUUCAAAUAUCUAUUCAAGGCACUUGCUGCUAAGAAACAUUCAACUCUCCAGGAAUUAAUCGUAGAAGCCAAAAGCAAUCAUAAAAAAACCUCAAUUGAUUUGGAAGAAACUGCAGAAGUAGUCAAAAUAUCGACCCUCAAUAAACUUAAGUGUGGCUUUUCAGAUGGAGAAUGCAUUGAUUUCUUAGCGCAACUAAGAGACCUUCAAGAGCUUGUCAUUACAACAAAUCCAGAUGGUGCUCUAGUACACCUACUCCAUAAGCAGGCUUCACGAAAAUCGUCGAAACUUCAAUGCCUGUCUCUAGAAAACAAAACACUGUCACCUGAAGAAACUGUCCAGGUUGCAAGUGUUAAUUCAUUGAGAAAGCUCGCCUUUGGAUUUCUCGACGGGCGGAAUGUAGAAUUAAUAGUCGGAUUGAAUAAAUUGGAAGAACUGACUAUUGCACUAUAUGAAGGUACCUCAAUAUCACUUCUUUUUCAGACAUUGGCUUCCUCAACAACACUGCAAUACUUGAAUAUAGAAAAUGUUCCCAUAUCAUACGAGGAGACAAUGGCUGUUAUUGAAAUUAAAACCUUAAAGCGCUUGAAUUGCGAAUUCACAAACAUAAAUAGCAUAGAACUUUUAGACCAAUUGCCUGAACUACAUCAACUCGCCAUUACAUUCCAGCAUAAUGAUAAUGAGAUCAUUGAAACUAUAGCGCAAUUAAAAAAAUUAACGGAUCUUGAAAUUACAUCACCAAAAAUCGGGUGCUUGGCACAGCUGUUUAAAAAGUUAUCAUUGAGAUUGGAACCGACUCUGCAAAGCGUGGUAAUCAAAAAUAACGACAGCAACUUAAAAGAGAUGGAACAAAUUGUAAAAUUGAACUCACUUCGAAGACUACAGUGUGGCAUAUUCGAAGAAGAAAACUUGUCAUAUUUAAUACAUUUAAGGAAUCUAGAAGUGCUGGAAAUAACAUCCUAUCAUAACUUGGAAGAUAUUUCCAACUACCUGUUAAUGAUUUUACAAGAGUGUUACAAACUAAAAACUAUAGGUUUCCAUUAUUGCACUCGAUAUGUCAGUAUUAAGCUCUUCAGUGAUAUUAUGAGGAUCCUUAAAGAAGUAAGAAACGCCAAUAAGCAACCUCCAUUACUGUUACGAAUCCCAUACUUUGGAGGUUUGACUCCGGAGCAAAUGACUAUAGCUGAUGACAAAUAUUUGAUUAUAUCUAGAUUUACUGAAGACUCACAGUCUUGCUAGUUUACAAGGCAGAAAUAGUGUUUAAAUUAAGUGAAAAUGUUAGAGUUAAGCAUUUUCUUGAGUUCUAUGCAUACCAAUAUAUUUUCACUUAAUUUUUUUAUAUUUUUUUUUAUUGACAUAAAUGCCUGGCUAAACCAAAUUACAUAAUAAGCCUUUGAACAUUUGCAAAGUUAUCAGGAGCAAAAACGGAACUGUCGCCAAGAACCUUUCUCCCUUCCACACAAAAUACCUCAAUCCCAACUAAGGAAACUCUCCAGUUUUUGGUGUUUUGUGCGAAAUGAAUUCAAUUAAACUAAUUCAACGGAUAAAAAGAGCCGAAAAACAAUUGGAGCAGGCAAAAGCAAAAGCCAAAGCCAACAUUUUUGUUAAGGAAAGGGGAAAAAGGGAGACGACCAAACUAAUUUGUGCACCUUUGGAAUCGUUGGUAAUAAAUUUAAGACUAAUUAGGUAAUGAAAGUACGUAACUGAUGGCGCUUCCAACGCUCUUAAGCUGUCUGUUCUUAAAAUUUAGCCGUCAUCGUUGUAAAUAAAUUUUUAUGCAGAUCAAAAGGAAUAAAUGUACUUGUAGCGUAUAUACCCUUUGCCAACAUCUGAAAUCUAACGAGCAUGUAAAUCACGCACCAGCACAUUGGCAAACAGCCACACACACACACACACACACAAACAUGCAUACACACAGGCAGAGAU